CAGGCUCUCUGCUGGAUUGAACUUUGGAAACCCCAACCAUAUCAACCUCUUGUUAGAUGCACUUGGGUUUUUGCCAUAAGCCUCAUACAAACAGUAACUUAUUCCUUGUCCCUUCAACUCCUUAGUUACAUGUUUACAACGUAAAAGCUUUAAUCUCUAACUGAAAAUUACAUAAGACAGAAAGGGUCAGUUCAAAGGCUAAUCCGUUUAUCAGUGUCCAUAAAAUCCAAAAAAACAACAGUGAGUCGCUCCCGAUCACAAUGGCAAACAUUUAAAUACUAGUUGUGUUGUUGUGUUCCAAAGUGACAGAGGUAGUUGGAAUAAACAAUUUACCCUGUUAUGGUAAAUUGUAACAAUAUGAAGGGUAUACUAGCACUGUUGUACCUAUGCAGUGUAUGCAGUGGAUCACGGAUCCUAGUCUUCUAUCCCGGGGUAUCCGGAAGCCUCCUGCUCAGCUUCAACCCACUGUUCCAGGAGCUAUCCCGGAGAGGGCAUGAGCUCACAGUAGUCACCAAGAUUCCUCUACGGGACGCAGAUAAACAUAACAUAACACAGGUGGUUAUCAAAAGAGAAAAUAAUGUAGAAGUGUUCGAGGUUUUUAAGAAACUAUCUUUUAUACCCCGCAUCAUUUAUGGAUGGAAGGGUGUUAUUUCCGAUUGUGAAAAGCUAUUUGAAAUUCCUGAAAUCAAAGAAUUAAUGAACGCUCACGAUAAAUAUGACUUGUUUAUCGGGUCCCCCUACUACUUUCUCGAGUGCUCCAUAGCUCUAGCGCAUCAUUUGCGUCUUCCCGUCCUCAAUAUCUACUCGAAUAGGUUUUCAAUCCACGCAAGCCAUCCUGGAGGUCACCCGAACCCUCUGGCUUAUAUAUCGGAGCUACAUCUACCCUUUGGCGACAACAUGAACUUGUGGAAGCGUACAGUCAACGUCGUAUUCAAUACUGCCUACGCUGUGGGCCUUAGUGUUUACUAUUUGCCUCCUAUGGCUCGGGUGGUGCAGCGCUACUUUCCAGAUGCUCCUCCACUACAGGACAUGUUGAGUCGCAUGCCUGUCUCCUUGGUCAACACCAACAUCGCUAUACAUCAUCCCCAGCCAACCCUUCCAGGGGUCAUCCCUGUGGGAGGUCUGACAAUCUCUGGAAACCAAAGUCUGCCGCAGGACCUACAAGCGUGGAUGGAUGAGAGUGAUGAAGGAGUGAUUCUAUUCAGCCUCGGAAGCAAUCUCAAGGUGUCCUCCUUGGAAUAUGUGAAACUGAAAGAGAUUUUAGAAACUUUUGCUCGAUUGCCGCAAAGGGUGCUGAUGAAAUGGGAGGGAGAAAAACUUCCUGGGAAGCCCGACAACGUUCGCUCACAGAAGUGGAUUCCUCAAGCUGCUGUGUUAGCACACAAGCACUGUCGGCUGUUCAUGACUCACGGAGGGCUGCACAGCUGGGAGGAGGCUGUGUACUUUGGUGUUCCUCUGCUCGGAUUGUUGCCUGUAUUCUUUGACCAGGAGCACAACCUGGAUGAGAUGCAAGGCCGAGGCCAAGGGCUUUACUUCUCCGGCCCUUGGUCACCUGGACACCUACAUGCUGCCAUCCAGGAAGUUCUACUAAAUCCUAAAUAUAAAGAAAACCUGCAGAAGGCUUCAAAAGUGUUAAAGGACCAGCCGAUGCGUCCUCUAGAUACUGCUGUUUUUUGGACAGAGUAUGUGAUCAGACACCGAGGAGCUACUCAUCUACAGAGCUCCUACUCUACGAUUCCCUGGUACCAGCUGAUCUGCUUGGACGUUAUAUCAGUGAUCAUCGUAUUCUUAUCUCUCGUCCUGUGGAUAGUUUGUACUGUUCUGAGAGCUCUGAGACAGUGUAUAGUUGACUAUGAAUAUACCAUCUUCAACAAAAUUCUGCGAUUGUGUUACAAAGUUAAAAAAACUAAUAAAUAAUUUGUAUAAUUGUAAAAACUAAGUAUAGCGUAAGUAAGUACCCAAGAUAAUCUACUUAAUUUAAUUACUUAGCCCAUAAACUUUAUUAAUUGUUUUCUUGUGUACAUGGUGACAACACUUGUAGUAACAUUGUUUAAACAGU